AUGGUGCGUCGGAACCUGGGACAAUCCACUCGCUCAGUCUACCUGGGGUUGGCGUGUAUAUCCCUAACUCUUCAUCUUCUUUUAGCCGUCUUUUGCCUCUCUGUCCUUCAGUCCGCCUGCAUACUUCCCUCUUCCUCCUCCUCCACGUCUUCCACUGUUCCAAGGAUAGAGCCACUCUCACACACCUCCUCCUCUUCUGCUGCUGCUUCUCUCUCAAAUAAACAACCAACCAACCACCAACAUGGUGAACGUCACCAACCUAGUGUUGGCACAUUUGACCAUAAUGGGAAUGGUUCCCUCAGCAAGGAUACUGAGCAGGCAAAGAAACUAAUCGGAGCUGGGAAAGUGAUCCCAAAGGAAAGGGGUCAUUCCAAGCUGGAGGAGCUGUUUAAACAUCCGUUAUACAACCUGCCACGUCCAGCUCUGCAGGAGGAUGACUGGCUGCUGAGGCUGAAAACAGAUGCAGAGGCAGAGGAGACUGAAAAGGAAGGAAAGUCAAAGGAGGACUCCAUAACUAGCGAUAGUGACUGGCAAAGUGCCAGUGAGGAGGAAGGCUAUGAUAAAACCUCUUGGACAACAGAUAAGGAGACCCACCCUCCAUGGUUGAGGUUCCACCUAGGCAUCUCCCGCAGGGAGCUGUAUGACAGGAAAGACCUCAACCUGGCCCAGCUGACUCAUUAUUUGGCAACAGAGCGUAUCCUGGGAGCCGUUCAGAAGAAAGGAGGCACUCAGCUGAAACUGCUUGUGUCAUUCCCAAACUAUGGCCAAGCUCUGCUCAAACCCAUGAGGCAAUCCAGGGAUGCUGAGACAGAUGUGAACCUGUUUUACUUCUCAGACUUUGAACGACACAAUGCAGAGAUCGCUGGCUUCCACCUUGACAGAGUGCUGGGCUUCAACAGGAUCCCCCCGGUGGUGGGUCGGCUUAUCAACGUAACCACAGAGAUCAGAGACAUUACAACUGACGAGAGGCUCUCCAGGACCUUCUUCACCUCUCCAGCUGGGAAUGUGUGUUUCUAUGGCCAGUGUGAGUACUACUGUUCAACAGAGAACCCAGUAUGCGGUCGGCCUCAUGUUCUGGAGGUUUCCCUGGCCACCAUGCUACCUGACCUCAGCCUUGCUCCACGCAGGUCUUGGAGGUCUCCGUGGAGACGGUCGUACAGCCGCACCAAGCUGGCACAGUGGGAAAAGGAUUCUGCAUACUGCGACACAGUGAAGAAGACGCCUCCUUACAACCAUGGCACCAGACUGGUGGAUCUUAUAGACAUGGCUGUGUUGGAUUUUCUCAUGAGCAACAUGGACAGACAUCACUAUGAGACAUUUGAAGAAUUUGGCAACGACACAUUUCUCCUUCAUCUGGACAAUGGACGGGCGUUUGGUCGGCAUUCUCAGGACGAGCCUUCGAUUUUAGCACCUUUGGCACAGUGUUGCAGAAUCCGGCGCUCCACCCUCCUCCGCCUGAGGCUCCUGUCUCACCCUGACUUUCGAUUGAGUGAUGUCAUGAGGGAAUCAUUGGCCCAGGAUCCUCUGACGGCUGUGGCCCCGCUUCUCUCUGAACCACACCUGUCUGCCUUGGAUCGACGCCUAGCAACCGUCUUGGGGGUUGUUCAAACAUGCCAGGACACAAACACGGAUGUUGUUUAUAACGAUUUGGAUCAAUAUGAAGAUCAGCAGCUUGAGGAUGAUUCAUGAUGACAUAUUAUGUAUUUUCUAUAUUUAAUAUUUGGUUCCAUUUUUUUUUU